CGGGGCCAUAUAAAAUCUUCAAAUUUCAUACUAGAUUAAACCCUUUCUCAGCAUCCUACUGCCGGCACCGCUGCUGUAGAAAAGAAUGUCUGCCGCGACCGUGAUUCUUGGCGGUCUCGAUGGAGUAAUAACGUUGAUGAACUCAACAUGCUACCUAGAUGGGUAUCAUGAUAUGUGUAUCGGUGGCUAAAAAGGAGGGUUGGCCCCUUUGUCAUACUCAGGGGACUCGAGUUCUUUCCGUACCGGGAGUGUCAUAAUUACCUAUCUCGACAGGAAGGUCUAGUUCAGCAUGGUGUUCGUGCCCUCAAUCGCGGCCACACUGGCCGUGGCCUUUUCGUUAACCCCCAUGGUAGUGCUCGGGCACCCGGGAGAGAAAUAUGGAAGACCAGAGGCCAUAGAAGAGAUGGGAAACGCCCACGUCGUCGCAAAGAUGAACACCAGAGCUUUGGAGGCAUGCCAAAAUUCGGAUGCAGUAAAGAUCCGCAAAGAACGGGCCAUGGCUAGACGAUUAGAAACGUUCCAACGACUACGUCGCGAAAGGGGCGCUGAAAUGAGCCCCUGGCUCCACCGCCGCGACGCCGCAGCGCUGCAGAAGUGGGCGGCCUUGACUCACAACAGGACAGGCUCGGCCAACUUUAACAAGGACACCCCAAGCAAAGAGAUCUUCGGGUCCAACACCAGCUGCGUGCUUACGCCCGACAACGCCAAUGGGCCUUACUUCGUCUACCAGGAGCACAUCCGAUCGGACGUAGUCGAGGACACCGUCGGCAUCCCACUACAUCUCGAGCUACAAUUCAUCGACGUCCAGACGUGCGAGCCGGCCAAGGAGAUCCUGAUCGACACCUGGUCGUGUAACGCGACAGGCGCGUACAGCGGCGUCAGCGCGCGCGGCGAGGGCGGGUUGGGAACCACAUACCUCCGGGGCGUCCAGCAGGUCGAUGCCGACGGUGUCGUCAACUUCGAUACCAUUUUCCCCGGCCACUACCAGGGGCGUGCCACACACCAGCAUCUGAUCGCGCACGUGGGGUCCGAGAUCCUGCCGAACGGCACGUACACGGGCGGCCGCGUGGCGCACUUGUCGCAGCUGUUCUUCGACCAGACGCUGCGCGACACGAUCGAAGCUACUGCACCGUAUAACACCAAUAAAAUCCCGCACACGACCAAUCUGGCUGACUGGUUCACGGGGUACGCGGCCACGACGGAAUACGACCCCUUUCCGAACUACAUCAUGCUUGGAGGUGAUCUGAAGGACGGUCUCUUCGUCUGGGCGGAACUAGGCUUGAAUACCUCGUCGAAUUGGGACCACUAUGCGCCGUACGCGUCGACCUGGAAGGAGGGCGGUGGAUAUGAUAACCCGGAUUUCGACUUUUGGGCCGUUGCUAGUCCGCCACCUACACACGGUUAA